AUGGCCACUGUAGAACUUCGGUGGACAAACCUUCAAUAUCUUGACCUUCGCAACAAUUCACUCCAAGGAAAGCUUCCAAUUCCACCACCUUCCACAUUUUACUUUUCCAUAUCAAACAACCAAUUAAUUGGAGAGAUUCCUCCAACUAUUUGCAGCCUGAGUUUCCUUCAAAUACUUGAUUUGUCUUAUAACAGAUUGAGUGGUAAAAUUCCUCAAUGCAUAGGGAACUUCAGUCAGAGGCUCUCCGUUUUGGAUCUAAGGAAGAAUAAAUUUGAUGGCAUCAUUCCUAAUACCUUUUCUGCACGGAAUGUUUUGAGGAAUCUUAACCUUAAUGGAAACCAGUUGGAAGGGCCAUUGCCGUUGUCUUUGCUCACAUGUAGAGAGUUGGAAAUUCUAGAUGUUGCAAAAAACAAAAUUCAUGACACAUUCCCCAAUUGGCUGGAAUCUCAUCCAAAGUUGCAAGUUCUUAUGUUGAGGUCGAACAAAUUCCAUGGUGGAAUAGGUAAUCCGAAAACUAGAUUUCCAUUCCAAAACUUGCGCAUCAUGGACCUCUCCAACAAUCAGUUUAGUGGUCUUUUGCCAACAAAAUAUUUUGAGCAUUUGACGGCCAUGAAAAACUUACAAAAACAGGAACUGAAAUAUAUGGGAGAACAAUAUUGUGAGGACACUGUGGUAGUAGCAAUUAAAGGCAUUGAAAUUGAAAUGGCGAAGAUCCAGACUUUCUUCACUACUAUUGAUUUCUCAAACAACGGUUUUAGUGGAGAAAUUCCAAAUGUAAUUAGCAAACUUAAGUCAUUGAAGGGGCUUAACCUUUCACAUAAUGAGCUUACAGGUACAAUUCCAGACUCGUUUGGUGAUUUGAGCAAUCUUGAAUGGUUAGAUCUCUCUUCAAAUGCGCUUGUUGGUGAGAUUCCGGAGCAAUUGACAAAUUUGACAUCACUUGGAAAGUUCAAUAUUUCGAAAAAUCGACUUGCGGGGCCCAUACCUACUGGCAAACAAUUUGAUACAUUUGAAAAUAAUUCGUAUACUGGAAAUGUUGGAUUAUGUGGAUUUCCACUUUCCAAAACAUGUGUUCCACAUCCAUCACCGCCAUCAUCAUUACAACAAGAAGAUGAUUUGGAUAAUGUGAAUGGAUUUGAUUGGAAGGUAGUGUUGAUGGGGUAUGCAUCUGGGUUGGUAAUUGGAAUAUCCAUGGGAUAUCUUGUACUCUCUAAUGAAAUACUGAAUGGGCUUAUGAAAGUAAUCGGAAAAACACGAUGGGGUAAAAUUAUGAAAAUUACACAUCGGGCUGCAUGA